AUGCCCACGAGGUGGUUAUCACUUCGCAAGAGAAAUCCUUUACAUCAGAACGAUCAGGAUUUACAGCUUCCGGCGAAACAACAGGACUUCGAUUUUGCUUUUGGAGAGCCGCUUUCACCUCCUCGGACGGACUUACCAAGAGUCGGGCCCAGGCUCGUUCAGAUACGCCCAACAACAUCUGGCGGCAACACAGGCAAGAGGAAACCACGUGUCGAGGUGCCUUCUGAUAUACGACCACGGACGACAGAGGCUCAUAAACCCUCGCCACUGCAGAACCUCGAUGGUAUUUCGAAGUCGGAGGACAGUCUCAUAGGCCUGGCCUUCGGUAGCCCCAGCCAUCCGCCUGCGACUUUCGGUUCCCAUGUCGAGGCUGGCGGUUCACCCGAGCUGAACCCCUUCGCUCGGCAUACACAAGGACUCCGAGAUAAGGCCAGCCAAAUGCAAUCCAAGAGAUGGAGGAAGAUUGGCACUCUGUUCAAGCCACGGCAUGUUCUCAGACGGGACGAAGUGCCAUCCGGCCCGACCAUUGGCUUGCCUACGGGUUUCGUAGUGUUGGAUAAAGACCCAGCUCUUGAAUCGGACCAUGGUUGGCAGGAUAGGUUGGGAAUUGGACAACCAGAGCAGCCAACGCGUGUACCACCUCCGCCGCCCCUUGGGAAGGAUGCAAAAACAGCACCGAGAGCUGCAGACGUGCCUGUGCGCGACUCCGAAGACGACGGGAUGUCCAGACCUUCCAGCGCAACUGCGACCGAGACCGGCUCCAUCGCUGGAGAGCCGUACAGCAGACCACCACUACCUAAGCUAGAACUAGCCAUCCCCCGCAACCUGGACGCUGCUAAGCGCUCCUCUUCACUUCUAGCAAGACGUAGCAAGACGUUGGAGAGUCUGAAAUCGUUCGAGGACAGCCGACGUACCACCAUGGGAACGAUGGACGGUGGCCUAGAUGACCCCUCAAAGCCUCACACACCACUCAAGCCACCCCGACGGCUAACCACCCCCACAAUGACCAGAUCGCCGGCAGUGAGCAAGUACUCAUUAUUCCCAACCACCUCCCCUGCCCCAGUCAAGUUUGUGGGCAGAGUGCCUGGCGCCGAGCAUGACACUCUCUCAACAGGUCAACUGAAGAGAUCACUCACCUCUCCCGCGCGGCUCUCUCCGAUGCGAGACAACUUCGGCGAUGUAUCUAAGCCAAUUCCACUUAACCCCAGGAGGAUAGACACCGUCGAGCCAUACUUUAGCAGCCCGGAAGACACUACAGCAUCCACAGACCAUGAAGCACCUUGGAGCUCCGCUCAUUCUUUCAAGUCAUCCGUAUCUUCAGCCACCACAGUCGAUGAGAUCUUCUUCGACAUCAAGUCAUUCAGGGACUCGAAGGGUGUCGAGGACGGGCAUUUUUUCAUGACGAGGCCGGACUCUGCACAAGUCGAGCUGGCACGCACCAGAUCGAAGCGGGCAGGCCCUUCGAGUCGCCUGCGGCAAAUGGAGGCUUCCAUGUCCGAUGAAGGCCCGUCGGAGCCAGCUCCAGCAUCUACCGGCAGCCAGUCUGCGUGGACAACCAAGCACACUUCUGUUAACACGGCUUACUUCGACGAGGCAAUUGCCGCGGUGGAAAGACUCACCACGCCGACAGGGGGUGUUCCCAGUGUAGGUGUGCAGCCCCCCGUCCCCACCGUCCCAGUUGCAGACCUCGACGACAAACUACCACUGCCCUUGCUAUCGAAGUUGCAACCUCCGAAGCCUGCGGACCAUCAUCUCAGGCUCACCAUCAAAAGCCACGAAGAAGUCAGCCGCUUGAUUCCUUCUCCAGUGGUAGAGUCAAAAGAAACUGACUCGCCCAAAUCUGACGCGUCAACCAUAAAGGGUCCCAAAACUCAACAAACCCUGGCCGCAAAAGCCGUCUCUCCCCAGAUUGCAGCGGUCAAGCGUGUCGACCGGCCUAUUGACGACUCGCCGACCAUUCCUCAAGGUCCUCCUAGCCCCAGAAGAACUUCAAAAACGCCUUCGGCCUUGGAAGACAGGCCACCACCGGUACCGAAAAAGGACGCCAAGUUCAUCCCCAUGUCAAAGUACGCGCCCAAGGGUACGGUAAAGGCCAUCGAACGGCGAUCCGGCGUCACUCCCACGCGACCUGUACGGGCCAACACCGAAGACCUGGCCUCACGUCAGCCGUCGCAAUGGGUGUCAAAGGACCGAUCAGCGACGAUGCCAUCCUCCGGUCAGACGCAACAACCUCACCAGUCUCCUCCGAGCUCGUCCCUCCGUGGUCUCGAGAAGGCUGUCCCGCCUCGUCCCAACCCCGUUGCCUUGAACCCGACGGGACCCGCCGAAGUCGCAAUUGCCCGGACGGUUUCCCUUUCUCGCAAACAAUCUGCUCGUGUGCACAUUGCUGGACCUCGCCUCGCGGCCCGCCGCGCGGAAGCUCAAGCAUCAGCUCAGACGCAGACACAAGCUCGAUCACAAUCUUCUGCUCAACAGCACCAGCGGCAACCCUCAGCCCACCGGCGGAACCCGUCCACUGUAUCGCAGAAGUCCAACAAAUCACCCAAAGCACCCAAGGGCAGCAUUCUAGGCCACCGGCACAACCGGACCGCCUCGUCCACGAAAUCUAUCCACCGGGCUUCAAAGGACCUCUCCAAAACCAAAGUUGUGAAAACACCAGCAGAAGGCAAAUCCGGCAGUUUCGGCAAAUCCAUGUGGAGCAAAGAGUCCGAGAAGCAACUCAUCAAGGAGGCUCGCAAGUGGGAGAUCCUCGAGAAGAAGAGCUACUCGCCUAUUGUCGUGCCGGCUGACUUGGGUCAUCGGCCUGGACUCUCGGUGGGAUUGGUCGUGGAGGGCAGCUGA